AGAGGGCGCUAGUCCAAAUAAACGAUGGCACAUGGGCUGCAUGGGCCUCGAAGGACCGUGACGUGGGUGAGCUUGAUGCUGUUUUAAUGUGAAUGUUCGAAGUUUACUUCAAACUUUAGCUGUCCGAACAGUGAUAUGCUGUUUGUAAAGGGUUCUUAGGCAGCGCAUUAGGUUCUAGGUGACCCUGUGGUUGGCAGUCCCCGAAAGGUUUCCCUUUUAAGUGCUACUGACCGCUCAUUUUUUUUACGAUGUCGGAACCCAAAAUAUCUGCGAGCGACCCGCUGAAGCUGUGGUACAGUAUAAAAGGCGACGUCAGAACAGCAAAGAGUGUUGCUCUGGAGUCGCUCACCUUACAGUCUGUUGACCACUCCGUCUACGUCAUGCUGCAGAUGAAUUGUGACUUCAUCAAGAAGUUUGAAUUCCUGAACAUCUCUGAGAUCAUUGUGACAAAUUUGCGCAAUGGUAUGAGCCUGAUGGAGAUCUCCGACUGUCUGAGGAUCCUUGCAAAAUAUGCCAAAGAGAUGCUCAAGCCCACAAAGGAACGGUACAAGCACUGGAACAAGAUACCCUUCAUGAAGGCUGGUGCCCCGCAAAAGUGGACCCGAAUGGAUGGUACCAAGACAAUCCUGAAACAGCUUGGCUACACGCAAGAGACAUCGAAGGGCUACAUUUUCCCUCUGCACUCUUUUGGACCUCCGCUCAAUGUCAUCAAGAGCCUGUCCCUUGAAUUGGCCUUGGCAGCUGCCGAGCUCUCCGUCUUCUACAACAACCACCACCCACACCCAGAGUACAUUCGGAACAUCAUGUGCCCCGGUGGAGCACUUCUGCCUUCGGCCUCAAGUGCUGAGCGCCGCGAGUUCAACGUCAUGGACCUUUUGGCCGAAGUGGGAAACUCAGCGAAUCUAAGGGACCUGACCCAGGCUCCGAUCCCUGCACAGAACCUGAUGAGCCCUGCUCCACACAAGGGCCGGGGCCGGCCACCCACAGUGGCCCGGGUGUCUGAGGUGGCUGCCAACUGUGCCGCGGCCUGCAACUGCCAUGCCUACUAUGACAGCUACUCUGCUCAGCAGCAGCUUCCGGCUCACCAGCAGCCGCUUCAUCUGCAGACAUCCAGCCACCUCCAGCCGGCACAUCAGCAACAAGACAUCCAGCGACACCAGCAAGAGUUGCAGCAGCAAGAAAUUCAGCAGCAGCAGCAGCAAGAUAUUCAGCAGCAACAACAGGAUCAACAGCAGCAGGAGAUCCAGCAGCAGCAGCAAGAUAUUCAGCAGCAGUCACGCGAGUCUCAGCCGUGAUAUGGAGGGAUGAUGUUCACUUAAAAAUGCUCACUGAAGAUGAGCAUCUCAUUCUGUAUGUACUCAGCUUUUUAAGAAGGGCUGUGGGGUUGCUUCAGUUCUAGUGUUUUAUAGGCAAAUGACGUGGCUACUCCCGAGGUGUGCUGUGGUUGGAUCUGGUCUCUCUUUUCAGAAAGAAGAAAAUUGUCAGAAGAUGUUCAGGAGCUUUGUGGCUCUAUCAUACGAUUGUGAAGGUCGCACAAUCCUCAAACUAUUAUGUGAGAGUAAUUAUAAAACCAAAAACUGAGGGUAUUUGCUGCUGUUGCUCUACAGUAAAAGUUGCCAGCAUGCGAUUUUUAUGGGUUUUGGCUCCUCGUGCGUCACGUCUUUGGUUUGUGUAUGUAGGUAGUUUAAAGACACUAGAGCAGCUACAACGAACACGUAUCCACUCUUCAGCAGAAGCACUGUGAGCUGGGGUAUUUUUUCUUAGCAUUCUAACGUGUUUGUUUUAAAUGAGGGAGAAAAUUAAGAAUUUAAAUUCCAAUUCACGGUUUGCUUCAGCCAUGUCUCAAAAACAGUUUAAUAGACAAUAGGCACUUUCAAGACCGGUGAAAAAAUUUAAAUUUGCUUAGUGAGAGAGCAACUACAUGGAAAGUCAAAUUUUGAAACAUCCAUUCUGUACUGAUUGUGAGAAUUGAAUAGCAUUAGAUUUAUGCUCUAUUUUACGAUUGUACACAGAAAAAGAAGUGGAGUCGUGAGCAGUCUGGAGACUGUGCAUCCCAUUUAGAUUGCAUGCUGGUAUAGUGUGCACGAAUGUGCUAGAUACCUUUUCUCGUAUGAGUGACACAAAUCCACUAGCAUAUACGUAUUUCCAGAAUGAAGCCACGAUAUUGUACAUAGUAGUUUAGUUACAUUUCCUAGUAAUAUUUAGUCGGUUUUUGUGUUUCAAGAGGCACAUGUGGUGCAACACAGCAUUUCUCAUUUCUCCUUAGCCAAGUUCUCUUCUAUGUAGUGUGAUAGUCCUGCUGCAGUGUUAAAUUAUGCGACAUCUGAUGAACCUCGAUUUAACAAAGUCCCCGGGACCCGCUAAUUAUUUCAAUAAAUCGGGAACUUCGUAAAAUCGAGGAAAUCCUUUUGCGGGCAUAGGCUGCGCGAGGAAUCUGAAUUUGUUCGUUAAAUUAGGAAAUUCGUAAAAUCGGGUUUUGUUAAAUCGAGGGUUAACUGUAUGAUAAACACCCCGCUUUCUGUGCUAUUGGUGGCUGGUGGCUAAAGUUGUACAUUCUGCCUGCUAGGGCUAGCUAAUAGCAUUGAUUCUAGCUUGCUUCAGUAAUCAGUAGCUUGUCAAGCACUUUCUUGUUUUAGCUGCAUUUACUUUGGGUUGCUUACAUCGCUAUAUCUCUUUACACGGAGCGCAGUGUCGCUAAUCUGUUCGACUAAAAUCAAAAUGGUUUGUUCUUAGGGCAGGGCAAAGUAAACAAAAUUUCCUUGGAAGUUAAGGUUUGCAUAUUAACAAAAAAGCAUUGCCUUAUUUUUAGAUGGAAGUGUAAAUCUAAAACCAUUGGACACAUGCUUUUAUGCAUACCUCUGACAAAUAUUCAAACUGAUGUAGAUGUAUACAGAGAUCGACACAGUUAAUCUGAACAUGAGGCCGGCACUUUGUUGCAAUAGACCGGUUCCACCAGCCAGUUUUGUUAUGCCGCCGCUGUCGCCGUGUGUCGUGGGAACAAGCCUGCGCACGUGACAACCGCGCUGCGAGUCUGCGCUAGCAGAAGACGACGGCGCGAGCUGUCUUGUGCACUGGCACCUGCCUCUUGUGGACUACAGUUAAGGCGGCCUCAUUCAUGCAUGCGUGGAACGCUUACUGAGAUCGGUCUAUUUAUUCUUCAAGUUAGCAUCCGUUACUAAAUUUCACCGUGCAAAUUGAUGCCACUGUGAAUACGGCCUGCCACGCUGGUGGUUUCAAUGAAAGCGUUUUAGCUGUGGGAAAAAUUGAUGAUUACACGUCAACUGUGUCGUGUCUGUUCACCUAAAGCCAACCUUAGACUUUAAAAAAUGAGGCAAGCUGCUAUGCCAGAACAUUUUUCCCUCAUGUUUCGAUGUAAAUUUGGCUUAGUGGUGCAUGGUAUGAUCAAGCACUAUUAAUAUGGUUUGCCAUGGUGAUUUUAACCUGAGGCUCAGGCAGAAGAGGAAAAAUAUUUUACAGUGGAAAAGAAAGUAACAAGGACAGACAUUGUCUCUAACUCGGCUAAUAAUUUUACUCAACCACCCUCCUUAUAUACAGAACCACAACUGCUACAGAGCUACCGAACAUCCUGUUUUUCAAAGUGUGCAGAAUCCUUACCCACAUCACAAAACAAAUAUCUAAAACAACCUACAAAGUACAGCAACCUUUCACUUUAGACGAAAAGCUUUCUAGACUGCUUGUAGACAGGUGGUUGAAUAAAAUUAUCAGCCGAGUUGAGAUGUUUUUUGUCCCUGUUAUUUUCUCCUCCACUGUAAAAAAACUUUCCUCUUCUGCCACAGUCUCGGGUUAAAAUUAUCAUAGUAAGCUUCCACCAGCUCGCUCGUGCGCUGACUGUAGUUUCGGUAAUAUAAUGGUACAUUGCAUACUAGAUUUUUUUUGCAUUUACACAAAUUUGUAAUUGCAUGCUUUAUGAGCUACCAGACUUAUUUUGGUAGUUUUAAACGAGCAUAUAUACAUUGUAUAUGGAAUAUUCUAUAUGUGUCUGGUGUACUGUCUGCAGAAGUGCAUACUAUACAACUGCAGCUUUCAGUAGUUCAAUUUUUGCAGCAUUUUGGGAGGUGUAAAAUCACAACUAUUCAUGUUCUACGUCAUUUUUAGGUGCAGUUUUGCAUCGCACUGGGAAACUCAUUUUACUGUUUAGUGUCUAGGUUUAUGCACAAACAUUUCAGCAUAUUUUGGUUCUUGCUUUGUCCCCAAAUACAUACUUGUGAGUCACUUGUGCCAUCAGAUGAACAUAUGGGAUCUCCAUGCAUCAUGCUCCUAUUUACUCUCGAUAGCAUGCUUCAAACAUUUCCCCAUUGUGCCGUGAUGCAUGCUUUGUACUUAGUGCUGAGGGGUGUUCUAUUGUCCUGGCUGCCGGUUCAGUUUGAUCUAGAUAAGACAGCUUGCCUUUGAUGUGCACCUUGUAUGGUGAAACGAGCAGUCAGAAGCUGCUUGGAAUGCCAACUGCCGAUUGUGAAGGAGAUUUGAAUUUUGUUCUGAUUUUUGAUCUCAAACCUUAUUCUGGCAACCUUGUUUGGCAGAUGUGACCAUAUAGCAUUUUGGUUACAUAGGAAUCUGUGAUGCAGAUAUCUUCUGAGGUUUCAUCCUUAGACACUGAAUGUCUGCUAAGAAUGGCAACUCUCGAGAAACUUGCAUAUUCUUCAUCGCCAGUUUACUAGAGACAACUGGGUUUCUUUUGGCCUCAACUUUCUUUCAUGUAUCCUAAGCAGAUACUAUAUGCAAUGUCAUUGGUGAAGCUUACUAGUGUAAAUUACAGAUUUUAUCUUCAUAAUUUGUUUACUUUGGUAUUAAUGUUGCCUAAAAGCAGUUCUUUUCUAACCUGUGAAUACUCUAGCAGUUUACCUUGGUCUCUUGAAAAAUAAAAGCAAUAUUAGGUGCUUUCAGCACCAUUUAUUUGAUAUUUUCAAAAUUGGUGUAGUUUAAUUUUGUGUAAUGGUCAUGAGUAAUUUGUUUAAUUUUUGGUUGCCCAUUCAAAGUGAUACACUUUUUAGCAUGGGGCUUUGCUGGGCUAUAGAAUUAAAUACUUAAUUUUUGAGCUAACAAGCAUUUUUCAUAAAAGCAUCAUUGCAAAAUGGAUGGAUAUAUGAAGAUAAAAAUACAUCAUAACCAUUUGAGGUUGUUUCAUAUUGAUUCCUGGUUAAUUUGAAGGUAUAUAUGAGCUCCAGCAUUACUUUAUAUUCUCCAUCUACAGGUUGGUUUCUAGUCCCGUUAUUAAAAUGUAUCGACACCUCCAAGUUUAGUUUGUAUGUGAUGUGUGCUACACAUGUGCUCUUUUAUUAACUGCUACCCUGGCAGACAAUCAUCAGCAUUCAGCUGGUGCUCAUCUGCUGCAUUGAUUGGGUAUUGCAUACUGGUGAUUAAAAGUGCAGCAGUGCAUUGAGACUCAAAAAUACAGAAUGAUUUUGGAUGUUGCAGAUUGAACAUGUUGAUUGAGUUGAACAUUUUAGGCAGUUACUCUUGUGAUAACGUCAUUCUUUGCACUGCAUGUUUGUCCUUUUGCCGUGCUUGGUGUUUGUACUCCUAUGUAAGUGUUGUAUCCUGGCUUCCACUACAAGUUUUGUGCUGUGGUGGUAUUUUAAUGCCUGUGUGUGUUGUAGUACCUAUCCUAGAGUUAUAUUUCUUCUGAGCAGGCAAGGUGUCAGUUAUCCCAAUCUAACUGCAGGUGCAUUUGCUUUUGGACCAUGUUUUGUGCACCAUUUGUGACUAACUUGUUGACUAAACAUGAAGUAGUGUUUCUGGUAAGCUUGGCUCCGUAACCCACCUGAAGUAAGUGCAGGCUGACUUGACCAAUAAGUGAUGCUCUACAUUUGCUUCUCAGGCUUGACAGUGUGUGUUCACUGCUCAGUGUAGACAGCCCCAUGUGACUGAAACGGAGAGAGCAAUAGUUGCACCUUGUACCUUACAAUUAACAUUUGAAAGUAGAAAGUUGGUGGUGAACGUUGCAUGCAAAAGCAUUGCAGAGCUAGCAAUAUGCUGAGUAGCCUUGUUCCUUAGCUUCAAAAUGUGAUAUGUUGGCCUUGCUACUUGUUCCAUUGCAACUGGAGCAGAGUUGUGUUCUGAAAUGUUUCUUGCGUUUGCCCAGGAGAGGUAUGAAUACUAUGAAACGCUUUAUUGUCAUUUGCUUUUAUAACAAUUUUGUUGGGACUUGGAUUUCUUUGUCUUUAUAUCAUCCUUAACAAGAUGGGAAAAGUGAUAUUUUACUGUCUUUUUGUCAUGAUGUUUGAGUGAUAUGUUUAAAUAUGCUAAACUGUGCCAAACCUUUUGUGUGCAUUUUGUUUGCCUCCUACAGUAAUAAUGCCAGUAAGUCAAUAAAGGGUGUUUGUGCUGAUCUCA